CAAUACGAUACUGUAAGAGUUAAAGCAAAGAAGCGAAAACGAAAAAAAUAUAAAAAAAAUUUUAAUUUCCAAACAAAAAAAUGUAUUUUUUUAAAUGUACCAUUAUUGUAACAGCCAUAUUUACUACAUUUGCGACGAUUGUUGAUGGAAACAGUGAAAACGAUCAUAAGUGUGAUGAUCAUGUAACAGGAGAAGCGGAAAAUGGGGAACCGUUUGAAUAUAUUACACAAGUCUGUUGUCCAAAUUAUACCGAAGAUAAUAAUGGAAAGUGCAUACCAAUAUGUAACAUUCCUUGUAGAUUCGGCUUUUGUAAAGAACCAAAUGUUUGUGAGUGUAAUGAAGGCUAUAAAAAGGUAAAAGAGAAAUGUGUUCCAACAUGCAAGCAAAAAUGUUUAAACGGCUACUGCAGUAAACCUAAUGUAUGUGGAUGUCCAAUAGGAUUUGAGUUGGACGCAAACAAUUCUACUCUAUGUAUACCAGUAUGUAAUCCGAAAUGUUCCAAAUUUUCGAAAUGUAAACCAGCUAAGCCGAUAAAUCGCUGCGAAUGCAUUGAGGGAUAUAUGGAAAAUAAGAAAACUAAAAGUUGCGAACCAGUGUGUAAAAAUAUAUGUACUAACAGUUUCUGUAGUGCUCCAGAUACAUGUGAAUGUUUUAAAGGCUUCGAAUUUGAUAAUGAUAGCAAAACCAACUGUAAGCCAAAAUGUGAACCGAAAUGUCCACACAAUUCCAAUUGUAUAGCUCCUAAUGAAUGCAGGUGUAAUGAUGGCUACACUUUCAAUAAACUAACCGGGCAAUGUGAUGCGAUUUGCAAAGAUCAAGUAAAGAACUCUAGAUGUAUUAGGCCACCAAAUACAUGGGAAUGCAACGAUAAGUACAAACGUGAUCCUGAGAUUGACAGGUGUGUACUGGAAUCCUGUGUGUGCAAAAACAAUGGAUAUUGUUUAGAUCACAAAGACAAAUGUGAAUGCUACGAGGGUUUCACAAAAAAUUCGACAACUGGUCAAUGUGAAGCAAUUUGUCAACCUAACUGUAAAAACUCCACCUGCGUUUCCAAUAACAAAUGCGAAUGUUUGCUCGGAUAUCACAAAACACCUGAAGCUCAUAUUUGCGAACAUAAUGAUUACUGCAAUGGCCAGCCGUGUGAGAAUGGUGAGUGUUUAAUAACGGGAGACUGCAAAUGCAAGUCAGGUUUUGUCAAAUCGUUGUCGUACAAUGGCCAUCUUAAGUGUGAUAAAGUACAAACAUUUAUUGGAAAAGUUAUGGCUACGAUUAUAGGUGCACCACUAUUACUAGCAUCAUUAGUACUAAUAGUUGUUUAUGUUAUUACGAAGAAAAAAUCAUAUAACGUAGAGGAACAAGAAAUGGUGUUAAUUCGUAGACAUUAAAUAAAAAAGCCGUUUCUAAAAUUAUGUAAAAAAAUAAUUAUUUAUUUAAAUACUAAUAUCUGGAUGUUAAGUAUGAAUUUAUUUUAUAGUUUAAAAAUAAAAUAUAGUUCCAGGAUAUACUAAGUAGCUAUUACAUCCUGGAUCGACCGUUACAUUAA